GGUGAAUUGCCAUUUCCAUAAUUCAGAAGAAUUUCUGAGUUUUUGAAGUUCUAAAACCCCUUCAGAAGAAGAGUUAGGUGCAAGGUUUUAAUUGACUGGAGCUGGGCUAAUCGGCAAAAAAUGGGAGUACCAGCAUUUUAUAGGUGGUUGGCUGAUCGAUACCCGCUAUCGAUUGUGGACGUGGUAGAGGAAGAGCCUAAAGAGGACAGUCAUGGGCUGUUUGUUCCAGUGGAUGUUUCAAAGCCGAACCCUAAUGGCAUGGAAUUUGAUAACAUGUACUUGGACAUGAAUGGUAUCAUUCACCCUUGUUUUCAUCCCGAGGGAAAGGCUGCACCAGCAACUUACAAUGACGUAUUCAAAUCAAUUUUUGACUACAUUGACCAUCUUUUCUCAUUAGUCCGUCCAAGAAAACUCCUCUAUAUGGCUAUUGAUGGAGUGGCUCCUAGAGCUAAGAUGAACCAGCAGCGAACCAGGCGUUUUAGAGCCGCUAAAGAUGCCGCUGAAGCUGAAGCUGAAGAAAAAAGGUUGAGGGAAGAGUUUGAGAUGGAGGCUGCUAGUUUAUUGCCUACAGGAAAGCCUGAGACAUCUGAUUCAAAUGUUAUUACUCCUGGUACUCCAUUUAUGGCAGUACUAGCAGUAGCUCUUCAGUAUUAUAUACACUCGAGGUUGAAUAAAAAUGCAGGCUGGCGGUUUACCAAGGUUAUCCUUUCUGAUGCUAAUGUUCCUGGUGAGGGUGAGCACAAAAUUAUGUCCUACAUCCGCUUGCAACGUAACCUUCCUGGCUUCGACCCAAAUACCCGUCAUUGUCUUUAUGGCCUAGAUGCAGAUCUGAUUAUGCUGUCUCUUGCUACUCAUGAAGUCCAUUUUUCAAUAUUGAGGGAGGUGAUUACACCACCAGGUCAGCAGGAGAAGUGUUUUGCCUGUGGUCAGGUUGGACAUCUUGCAGCUGAUUGUCGCGGUACAAACGGAAACCAAGGCGAAAAUGGAAAGGGUGUGAAUGAAACACCUUUUCACAAGAAGAAAUAUCAGUUUCUCAACAUCUGGGUGUUGCGAGAGUAUCUGCAAUAUGAUUUGGAGAUUUACAACCCUCCAUUUCGGAUAGACUUUGAAAGGGUGGUGGAUGAUUUUGUUUUUUUGUGUUUUUUUGUUGGAAACGAUUUUCUUCCCCAUAUGCCAACACUGGAAAUUCGAGAGGGUGCCGUCAAUCUGCUGAUGUUCAUUUAUAGAAGAGAGUUUACAACAAUGGGUGGUUAUCUUACAGAUGCGGGUGAGGUGUUUUUGGAUAGAGUAGAACAUUUUAUUCAGGCGGCAGCAGUUUAUGAAGACCAAAUCUUUCAAAAGAGAGCUAGGAUAAAGCAGUCAAUAGAAAAUAAUGAAAGAGCAAGAAAUGAGGUUAAUGCUCAGCCACAGCCUCCGGCGGAGGACAAGGUGAAGUUAGGGGAGCCUGGAUACAAGGAAAGGUACUAUUCCGAGAAAUUUGGUGUAUCAACUGCAGAGGGUAUUGAUGAAGUCAGACAAGAUGUAGUUCAGAAGUAUGUGGAAGGAUUGUGUUGGGUUUGCCGGUAUUACUACCAAGGUGUUUGCUCGUGGCAAUGGUUUUACCCAUAUCAUUAUGCUCCAUUUGCUUCUGACCUCAAAGGUCUGGCGGACUUGGAAAUUACUUUUUUCCCAGGGGAACCAUUUAAGCCCUUUGAUCAGCUAAUGGGUGUUCUGCCAGCUGCAAGUGCAAAUGCUCUUCCUGAAAAGUACAGGAUGCUAAUGAUGGAUCCAUCAUCACCAAUUUCUGAUUUUUACCCAACAGAUUUUGAACUUGACAUGAAUGGAAAGCGUUUUGCAUGGCAGGCAGUUGUAAAAUUGCCGUUCAUCGACGAGAAGAAGUUACUUGCUGAAACUAAGAAGCUUGAAGACACAUUAUCGGAAGAGGAACAA